CCUGUCGUUGUCGCAGGCACGACAGCGUCAGUGGCAGCAGAAGUUUUGCGGCAGUAGCUGAUGUCGUGUCUCUGUGUUUAUUGAGCUAUCAAUCAUGUUUGAUGUAUGAAGAUGAUGUCUGAGCUCGUGCUUCAGCUUCACUCGAUUUCUCGGCAAAAUACGGAAUGCGCAUCUGUAAUGAUGAUCAGUAUGAGCAUCGUCAUCUUCGUGAGCUGCACGCCCUAAUCAGAAAUGAUCACGACCAUGGUUCAUCGCAUUGGAGGUAUGAAGAAAUCAAAGCCCUGUGGCGCUAUCGGUUUCGGUUGCAUUUACGGACCACAAAGGUGAGGAUGUUUCGGUGUGGCCGCGUCCUGGGCGGCCGGAGGAGUCGGCUCCUUUGUUUGUGCCGUGCUCGUUUAUUUGUUUUUUUUGCUUUACUGGCACCGUUGCCGUUCUGGACCAGCAGCCGUCGAGUGGUGCGUCGCGAGGACCAAGAGCGUCAAGAGUCUCAAUCGACGACGUCGAGCGCGUCGGCACAGGUCGGCGUGGGAGAUUUCGAUGUAGACGCGGGCGCGUUAACGACGCUGGUGCGCCCUGCGGAACAGGCUGCACGGCUCGAUGUACAUCACGGAGAGCACCCUCCCGACAACGACGAUGCUCGAGAGCGCGACGCAGCUGCCCCUCGCUUUACCCAUGCGCCCCCAUCUGAGCAGCUGGAGGACCACUCUGAUUCUCCACAACAGGGCGGGGCUCCCGCGGCCCUCGAAAAUAGCACAGCCCCGAAGACGAGUGGAGAUCACGACCAUGUGCACGAGGAAGUAAACAAAAACAAGAAGGCGGCUGAAAAUGAACGAGAAGGAGCUAGCGCUGUUUUUCAUUGCUGCCCCACCCCGGCAGAAGAAAAAAAAAACAAACUUCUGAUCAAUGACUCAGGCCUGCCGCAAAACAGAUUGAUACAGGAGCCUCACCAGGGCGGUGCUGUGGG